AUGGGUGGGGAUGAGAGGGUGUUAGCCAGCCACUCUCAACUGGAUACCCUGAUCCAAACAGGGUUGGGUGAGGUUUUUAAUUUAUCUGAAAGAAGAUAUGACAUAUCCAAACUAAAUCACCAGGUGUUAGAUUUUGGUUGGCCAGACCACUUGGCUCCACCGCUAGAGAGACUGUGUAGCAUAAUUAAAUCAAUUGAUUCAUGGCUCAAGAGUGACUCUAACCAUGUAGUUGUUGUCCAUUGCAAGACUCUACCUGAUGAUGAAGUUGGUGGUGUUAGGAAAACUCGAGUGACAUCAUCACCCAAAAACCUUGUCACAAACAUUUUUCGACACAGAGUCUCAAGGAACAGAGUGCGGCAUGUGGAUGAGCAGUUUGAUCUUGACUUGACCUACAUCACAGACAGGAUAAUCGCAAUGUCAUUUCCUGGAUCUGGUCUGGAAACAACUUACAGAAAUAACCUGAGAGAAGUGGCAAAGAUGCUGCAGACAAACCAUCAGGAUAAGUACAUGGUUUUUAAUUUAUCUGAAAGAAGAUAUGACAUAUCCAAACUAAAUCACCAGGUGUUAGAUUUUGGUUGGCCAGACCACUUGGCUCCACCGCUAGAGAGACUGUGUAGCAUAAUUAAAUCAAUUGAUUCAUGGCUCAAGAGUGACUCUAACCAUGUAGUUGUUGUCCAUUGCAAGGGAGGGAAAGGUAGGACUGGUGUUGUCAUCGCAGCGUACAUGCAUUUCAGCAAGAUAUGCUCCAGUCCUCAAGCUGCCCUUGACUGGUUUGCUAUGAAAAGAUUCUAUGAUGACAGCUUGGGAGGAGUCACACAACCAUCACAGAGAAGAUACGUGCACUAUUUCAGUGAUUACCUCGAUGGAAAGGUCAAACUCAACACAGACCCUAUAUUUCUUCAUCAUGUUAUUAUCCAUGGAAUUCCCAGUUUUGAUACUCGAGAUGGUUGUAAGCCAUUCUUACGGGUGUAUGAUGGACUCAAACUCAUUUAUACGUCAGGAGUUUUCCAUGUAACACAAGAUAUGGAGAGAGUUUGCAUCACCAUUGAAGGAGGGCUGAUACUUCAUGGAGACGUUCUGAUCAAGUGUUAUCACAAGAACACGCUGUCAUCUGGCCGUGAUAUCAUAUAUAGAUGUCAAUUCCACACAGGUGCAAUUAAAGACCGUGGCCUAGUGUUAGACAAGACAGAACUGGAUGACGCUUGCAAAGACAGAAGAUUUCCUGAUGAAUGUAAAGUGGAGUUCGUCUUUUCUGCUACUGGGAACUUUGUGUCAGAAAUCAAACAUAAUGAGAGGCUGCGCUCGAUUAUACGCCACUCACUACAACCUGUGGAGAAUCCAGACACUGUCCUGUAUCCGCUGGAUAACUGGUACGAGAGCCCUGAAGAUAGCGCAUGCGCAUCGCCACUUGAUGGGAGCAGAACAGGAGCAGAUUACAAGAAAACAGAUUACACGAGCCAAGACAGUGCUCCAAAAGGAAGCAGUGACAUUGUGAAACGUAAGUGUCUUUCUCCCUUUUAUCUUUGACCUUUGUUGAUUGUGUGUACUAUAAGGAGGGAAUUUAUGAGGGAGUAUUUCAGGCGAAUCACACAUACGUGGGCUCAGUUAUGACUAAAUAACUUUUACUGAUAGUUUGGGCUACCACCACAAAAAUGUAUUUGACCAUAGAUAUAGAAGUGAGAACAACCUUGUACAGCUUAAUAAACAGUACCACAUGAAAGAACUGCUCAAUAGCUUUCAUCUGAAUGGUCGCACUUUCUGGGUUUUGUGUACAAACAAAAACACUAGAACAGCCUUGUACAACAUAAUAAACUUCACCGCAGGAAUGUUUUAAUGGACAUAAUUUUUCAAUACAAUCACUUAGCGCAAUUAUGAACAACACCACAAAAUUUAUCCCAUGAUUAACUUUCAUUUUAAUUUUUAUUUGAGUUUCGUUUAAAAACUCGAAUCUUAGUACUAACUAGUUCCACAAUGCAUACAAGCUUGUACCACAAGAAUUUGUUUUAUUUAUGGCAUUUUCGAAAGGUCAUUGUCUCUAAGUUGUACACGUUUUUACUGAACAAGUAUUUGAAAAAAGUGUUUUACCCAGACGACAAGAAAGAACAUGCAAAAGCGCUGAAAUUGUGGUAAUUUUAUUUCAGCUAAUGCUGUCAUCCCUUGAUGCUUCUAAACGUGCCAUAGUAUUUUAGUGGUUUGGGAUUAAAAUCAAAAUUCUCUUUCUGAAAUUAGUUCGUUGUCUAGUAGACAGGUAUUGAGAACAGAGAAAAUCAUCAAUUACGAGACGUAUUCUUGAUGUAAUACCAAAUUCUCAAAUUUAAUCAACAGUGAAAUAUAUGACUCUCAGUUGAGAGAAUUUCUACCUUGAGCUAGUAGUGAAGCACUUAAAGAAGCUACUACACGGUUCGCGCAUCUUGAAAAGUUAAGCCAAACAUUUUCAAGUUCGUCGUUUUUAAUCCGUGUC